GUCAUAGGUUUUAGCAGCUUUUGAAGUGUUUAAUUACUAUGUUGACUAAGAAAAAGAGGGAGCAAAUGAUUAGCAGAAUGAAGUGAUUUAAAGGAUCUGAGGGAGCUUACAAGUUAGUCUCUUAGAGAGAAGAGAUAAACAGUAAAACAAAACAACAACACUGUUGUGAAUUGUGAUGCAUGCAAAGGUCAAUUAUUGUUGUGUGAAAACAACUUAUUACUUUGUCUGUGUCCCAAGCCAAGAAACAGAAGAUUCAUUCAUCACCGGUUACACUUGCAAUUCAAGGGAGAGAGUAGUGUUCACUGUACUUGAGUUGAGUGCUAGUUUUUUGCAUAGUUUGAAGAAGAGAAGACAGAAGAAGGAGGGUCCUACUGCUUAUUGUUUUGGCGGGCAGUAACAGUUUCUGUCAAUGAUUUAUACUUGUGUGGUUCUUAUUAUCACUGCUUACUCUCUCUUCCUCUUUCUCUCUCUCUCUUUCUCAAUGACCCACCCAAUCAAUUUCACACCUUGCUAAUUCAAUAAACCUACCAUUCCUCUCAUCUUCCUCUCUCUCUCUCUCUCUCUCUCUCUCUCUCUCUCUCUCUCUCUCUCUCUCUCUCUCUCUCUCUCUCUGGGUCUCUUUCAUCAAUAGUAGCAGCAUUUUGGAAUUUGGAGGUGCCCUUCAAAAGGGAAAGGUGGAUCUCAGUCAUAUGAGGAGAACUUCUACACUUGUGGGUGUGCUUCUGGUACUUACAUUAAUCAGCUGUGGCCCAUGGAGAGUGUGGAGCAGCUCACUUUGCAAGCAGACAAAUUUGGAGGUUAGACCUCACAGCGUUAGUAUUACAGAAUUUGGCGCAGUUGGAGACGGGGUCACUCUCAACACAAAAGCAUUUCAGAAUGCAAUAUUUUACCUUAAUUCAUUUGCAGACAAAGGCGGAGCGAAGCUCUUUGUCCCGGCUGGCCGUUGGUUGACCGGUAGUUUUGAUCUCAUCAGCCAUCUAACUCUCUGGUUGGACAAAGAUGCUGUAAUUCUUGGAUCCACAAACCCUGAUGAUUGGCCAGUUGUUGAUCCUCUACCGUCAUAUGGGCGAGGAAGGGAGUUGCCGGGUGGAAGGCACAAGAGCCUCAUUUAUGGACAAGAUUUGACUGAUGUUGUUAUAACAGGUAACAAUGGAACAAUUGAUGGUCAAGGGAGUAUUUGGUGGAGCCUGUUUAGGAACAAAACCUUGGAUUAUACGCGUCCCCAUUUGGUAGAAUUGAUGAACUCGGCGGGGGUUCUCAUCUCGAAUUUAACCUUCUUAGAUUCUCCAUUUUGGAAUAUACAUCCUGUAUAUUGCAGCCAAGUUACAGUUAAGAAAGUCAAAAUCCUUGCUCCUCUUGAUUCUCCAAACACGGAUGGGAUUGAUCCAGAUUCUUCCGACAAUGUAUGCAUUGAAGACUGUUAUAUAAGCACGGGUGAUGAUCUGAUUGCCAUCAAAAGUGGCUGGGACGAGUAUGGCAUAGCGUUCGGCCGUCCCAGCACAAACAUUAUCAUCAACAGGCUCACCGGGAGGACGGCGACGAGUGCAGGGAUUGCCAUUGGAAGUGAGAUGUCUGGUGGUGUAUCAGAAGUCCAUGCCCAAGACAUUCGCUUCUUCGAUUCGUACAGCGCCAUCAGAAUAAAGACUUCUCCAGGGAGAGGUGGUUAUGUUAGAAAUGUCUUUGUUUCUAACAUGACUUUAGAAAAUGUUGACAUUGCUAUCAGGUUCACUGGUACAUAUGGGGAUCAUCCUGAUGAUAAAUUUGAUCCAAAUGCAUUACCUUUGAUAGAAAAGAUUACAAUCAAGGAUGUGAUUGGCCAAAACAUCAAGCGCGCCGGCCUUCUAGAAGGCAUAGAAGGAGACAACUUUGUAAACAUCUGUCUAUCAAACAUCAUCCUUAAUGUGAGCUCAAGCUAUUCAUGGAACUGCUCUAAUGUCCAAGGAUAUUCCGAUUUCGUUUCGCCGGAAGCUUGCAAGCCUCUCAAGGAGAGAAUAUUCCCAGAGCAUUGUUCAGACUGUUACAAUUUAUCCAAUCACCUGCAAAGUUCAAAUAAUCAAACAAGAGGUGCUUGGUUACUAUCUUGGUAAAUUGUGGAGUUUAUAGCAUUAUAUGCUAC